AUGAAGGACGGGGACCAGGUUUCCGAAGAAGACAACUGGAAGGCGUCUCUUAACCUACCUGAAAGGGACGCACGACUAAAGACUGCCGAUGUUGCCCCCAGUGAAGGCUGCACCUUCGAUAGCUUUUGUCUUAAGCGGAACUUACUGAAAGGGAUCUAUGAAAAGGGGUGGGAGUAUCCAUCUCCAGUCCAAAGAUCUAGUAUUCCUGUUGCACUUACGCGCAGAGAUAUCAUUGCUCGCGCCAAGAAUGGUACCGGGAAAACUGGAGCCUAUUCUAUCCCCAUAUUGGAUUCUAUUGACCCGUCUUUGAAUAAAAUACAAGCUUGCAUACUGGUUCCAACGCGUGAGCUGGCGCUACAAACUAGCCAGAUUUGCAUUGAGCUAGCCAAGCAUAUGGAUAUCAAAACGAUGCUCAUUAUUGGUGGGACAUAUCUAAAGGAUGAUCUGAUUCGUCUGAGUCAAACUGUGCAUGUGGUUGUCGGAACACCGGGACGGCUUAUUGAUCUCAUGUCACGAGGUUUCGUGGAUCUUAGCUACUGCAAAACCGUUGUUCUGGACGAAGCCGACAAGUUGCUCUCAGAAGAACUCAAGAAUGCUGUCGAGAAGUUGCUAGAGAAAGUCGAUAAAAAUAGGCAGCUAUUGGUGUAUUCAGCUACAUAUCCUGUGGUUGUACAAUCGUUUAUAUCAAAGCAUCUCAAAAAUCCAUUUGAAAUUAAUCUGAUGGAGCGCUUAACACUCAGGGGCAUAACCGAGUACUAUGCGUACGUACAGGAAAAAUACAAGGUUCAUUGUUUGAAUACCUUAUUUUCCAAACUACAAAUUUGUCAGGCAAUCAUUUUUUGCAGCUCUGGUCAGCGUGUUGAACUGCUUGCGAAGAAGAUCACCCAGCUUGGCUACUCUUGUUUUUACAUUCAUUCGCGAAUGCCCCAGCAGGACCGAAAUCGCGUUUUUCAUGACUUUCGCAACGGAAUUUGUAGGACGCUUGUUUGCACUGAUCUCUUAACACGCGGUAUUGAUAUACCAACUGUUAACGUUGUGAUAAAUUUUGAUUUUCCAAAAUAUGCUGAAACAUAUCUGCAUAGAAUUGGGCGUUCUGGUCGAUUCGGUCACCUUGGCAUAGCCAUAAAUCUAGUUACUUUUCAUGACAGAUAUGCGUUGAAAAAUAUCGAAAGGGAAUUGCGCACUGAAAUAAAGCCAAUUCCAAAGGAAAUUGACAAGAGACUCUACGUGGCCGAAUUCCAGGACGAAGCUAAUAUGGAUGAGGAGACGAAGACUGCUCUUUAUCAUGGAAGGGUUCUUCAACAACGAGAAGCCCUUAACAAUGGCGCCGAAUAG